UGAAUAACAAGUUUGUCAGUUUGAAUUUUCUUAGUUCAAGUUGUUAAAUAAAAUUUGAACUCGGAUGAAUUGUAAGCUUACCGUUAACCUGUUAACGUAAACAUACAUUUUCGACUAUAAAAAUGAAUAACAAUAUUACAAACUUGGAACCAUCGUUAGAAAAACAAUUAAAAGGACAUCGCAACAGUAUUACAGCUUUAUUCUACAAUCCCAAUGAAAAACAAUUAGCUAGUAGUUCUAUGGAUAAUAGCGUUCUGCUUUGGGAUCUGCGUGGUACGAUGAGAAGUUAUAGAUUUCAAGGCCAUGAUGAAGCUGUAAUGGAUGUAACUUUUUCGCCAUCUGGUAAAUAUAUGGCUUCAGCAUCCCGUGACAAAACUGUCAGGCUUUGGGUUCCGACAGUUACUGGAAGCACAGGAAUGUUCAAAGCUCAUUCUCAGACAGUUCGCUCUGUCCAAUUUAGUCCGGAUGGGUCCAAGAUAGUAACUGCAUCGGAUGACAAAAUAGUAAAAUUAUGGUCAAGUGAGAAGCAUAAAUUCCUGGCAUCAUUUGUAGGGCAUACAAACUGGGUUCGAAGAGCUUGUAUGUCUCAUGAUGGAUCUAUUAUAGCUUCCUGCUCAGAUGACAAGACAACAAGACUAUGGAACCCUGACAGUGGAGAAUGUAUACAUACAUAUAAAGACCAGAAAGGCCAUGGGAUGUAUUUGGCAUGGCAUCCAUCUGGGUGUUACAUCGCUGUUGGCACAUCACAUGGAAAUGUGAAACUUUAUGAUAUCAGAACCCAUAAUCUUGUACAGUAUUAUAGUAUCCACAGUGAUGCAAUAACACAAUUGACAUUCCAUCCUAGUGGAAGUUAUAUAUUGACUUCUAGUAAGGAUGGCAAGAUGAAGAUUUUAGAUUUGUUGGAAGGACACCCAAUAUUUACACUAAGUGGUCACAGCGGUCCAGUAAAUGCUGUUGCAUUUUCUCCAAGUGGAAAAAGUUUUGCUUCUGCUGGUGAUGAUAAAUUGGUUUUUAUUUGGAGAACUAUUUUCACUGAACUUGAUGGUGAAGCAAAGGAAAAUGUUGAACAAAAUGCAGUGUCAACAUCUAGGUCACAUAAUUCUAAAGUUAGUUUAUUAAAAAAGGAUAGAACCCAAGGUGUGAAGAUUUGGUAUCAAUGCUAUCAUAGUACAAAGUAUCCUGUGACUACUUUUGUGCAUAUUGAUAAUGUGCCAGAAUUAAGUGUUGAUUCAUUUAAUCACAAUUUGCAAGAAAGUGCACCUAAUGCACAUGGCACUAUGAUUGAGUCAAGUCAACAAAGUCAGAAUCAAGGUUCUUCACGACUCACUUUUGCACCUUUAAAUAAUUCUGCAAGAAUUGAUGAUAAUUCAAACAUGCAACGUCAUGGAGAAGAUCAGUCCGGUGAAUAUUCUUCAUACAGUGUAGGACAUAUUAGUCAUAUUCCACGUACACCACCAAGUCCUGCCACAUAUACAAUACCAUCCAUUCAUAAUAAAUCUACCAGAACUGAUAAAAAUGAUGAAGACAUAUUUGGUAUGAUCAAGCUUGGAAAUGAUGAUGUUUGUUACACUAGUGGCACUAUAGAAUGGGUUGGACGUAAAAGAAGUUUUCCUCUCAAUAGUGGCUUUAAAACUAUCAGUCAAAAUGAAACACACUUACAUGAGCCACUUAUUAAAAAAAUUAAGACUUUAAAUAAAACUUAUGUAAGUGGGAUAAGUAAAAUAAAGGAAUGUGACUGUGCUGAUAUACUACCAACUGUAAAUGCCAUUGUUGAUCAUUUGAAUGCUCUUCAUGAAGCAGUGGACAUUGUUGACUUAAGACUUAAUUCACUCGAAGAUGUCAUAACCAACAAUAAUUAAUACUUAUUGUAUAUGUUUCUGAUAAUAUAUUAUGAAAAAUGAAAUUAUAAAUAUAUAAAAAAUAAAGUAUUUAUUCAUAAAAAUACUGGCUCAUACACUUUAGACAUUCAAUCAUUAAUACCCAUAAAUGAUGUAAAGCUGCAUCAAAGUUAUAAUACAAAAAAGAAAAUGUAUACCUUU